CACACACUGUACACACAAUUACUGUACACACACACACACACACUCUCUCUCUCUCUCUUCUAUGUUAAUUGGUUUAUUUUGUGUUUCCUCUCCAGAUGUUUGUCGGUUCACACUGGAUCCAAACACAGUAAAUAAAAACCUCCAUCUGUCUGAGGAGAACAAAGUGGUGACCUGCAGUGAAACAUUACAGUCGUAUCCUGAUCAUCCAGAUAGAUUUAAUUAUUACUGGCAGGUUGUGUGUAGAGAGAGUGUGAGUGGACGCUGUUACUGGGAGGUUGAGUGGAGUGGGGAUGAUGGGGUUUAUAUAGCAGUGUCAUAUAAAAGCAUCAGCAGGAAGGGACGUGGUGUUGAGUGUUUGUUUGGACGUAAUGAUCAGUCCUGGCGUUUAGAGUGUUCUCCAUCCAGAUUUCUAUUCAGGCACAAUAAGAAAGAGACUAAAAUUCCCAUAAUGCCGAGUUCCUCUAGAAUAGGAGUGUAUGUGGAUUAUGAAGCAGGAACUCUGUCCUUCUACAGCGUCUCUGAUACAAUGAAGCUCCUCCACAGAGUUCAGACCACGUUCACUCAGCUCCUCUACCCGGGGUUUUAUCUUUAUUCAGGAUCAGAAGUGAAACUGUCAGAUUGAACAAAUUAAAUGUAAAAUUUACAUGAAAGUGUAACAUUAAACUGUUUGAGUGAUUUUAGAAUCUGUGAGGCAGUGAUACAUUUAUGAAGAUUUUCUUUUUAA